AUGGACUUGGGCAUAAAGAAGGGUAAGAAGAGUAGGGGUGAGGAGGGGCGAUCGAGAAUUAAGUGGGGCGACCUGACAUCAGUGAAUGCGGGGGAGAAGUUGGAAGAGGUAAAGAAGAAAGUAGAGACUAAGAAGAGGGCAUAUACAAAGUUGAUUGAGAGUAAGGAUGAAGAAGAGAAACGGGUGUUUAGGGAGGAGAACAAGUUAGUGAGGAAGGAGGCUAAGCUAGCAGUUACGGCUGCUAAGACGGCAGCGUUUGAGAGCUUGAAUGCGGGGUUAGAGGAGAAAGAAAGGGAAAAAAGGUUGUUUAGACUGGCUAAGGCUAGAGAGAGGAAGGGCCAUGACCUAGACCAGGUGAAGUACAUUAAGGGAGAAGAUGGGGAGAGAGUUAUUGAGUUAUGUGAGCUAGAGCAAUCAGAAGAGUGUCGUGAUUUUAGUUAUUAUAGACGUUUUAAAGUGGAGAAGGUCAGAGAGGUUGUUCGCAGGAUGCGAAGGGGUAGGGCUACGGGACCUGAUGAGAUCCCCGUGGAUUUUUGGAAGUUUUCUGGUGAGGCUGGUUUAAAGUGGUUGACGGAUUUAUUUAACGAUAUUUUUAAGAAGGAAAAAAUGCCUGAGGCUUGGAGAUAG